GUCCCAUUACUGAGUGACAAACCAGUUAUAUAACCUGUUGAAAUAAUCACGCAAGUGGAAAGAGAACCAGUCCUGAGCCAAACAGUUUUUAGAGACUUCAACGAAUAUGUUUGUGGCAGCCAAACAGCACAACCCUGUCUCGACUAACACUGAGACAUCUGAUGGUAGGGGCUUGUUCUUGGAGGGGAAAGAGAGGGUCGCAGCUGCUGUUCAGGCUGCUCGCAGUGCAAACAUCUUUGUCAUAUUUGUAGUUCUGGACAACCCCAACUCAAGGGUGAGGAAUCAGAACUCUAUAUUGGAUAUCAAAGUUCCCGGUGAGCUGCCAGAUAUUCGGUCCUACAUGGAGGAAUUCCCCUUCCCUUUCUACGUUAACUUGCGAAAUGUGAAUGCCCUCCCAGAGACACUGAGUGAUGCAUUGAGACGGUGGUUUGAGCUUGUCACCACCUCAGACCAAUAGUGGACCACAUCAAAGCCAUUUUGUAUGGGCCAGAAGACACAACUGUAUGACAGAAGUUCCACUGCUGCUCAUCCUCCCAAACAUGGAUGAACACACAAACACACACAUAUCAGACAGGCUGCUGUACAUGUGCCUUUUUUUCUUAAUCUUUGUAUUAUUUUAUUGAAUUUGUAGAUUCAAUCGAUUUCUCUUUUUGAUCGCCUCGAUGAGUAGGAAUUGUUUCUCUCUUUGCCAUCAGUCAACUUUGCAUGUCUUUUUAU